ACGUAAUUUUUAGUACCAGAUCUAGAACGUUACAGCUCGGUUGUCUGCUUCAUCCUUGAAGCAUGCUAGGCUCUAGUCGUCACUUUUUCAUUUCUCCGAUCAUCGUCGUCAACGUUUUUGUUCUAGUUGCUGCGACCGACGGCAAUGUCGCUAUCACCCUUCUCAACGGGCCGAAUCUUGCACUAGACGGGGUGCUGCAAGUGCAAUGCACACUGACCGGCGCGGCAAAAGAAAGCAAUGUGAGAGUCGUGUGGGAACACAACGGAACACGAAUUUGCGACAGUGAACAACAACCCGUCGCGAUUGUAGGGCACAGAGUCAAAGCCACGUGUGUUAGUGGCAAUCACUUCACUUCCAAUAUUCUCAUCGUACGAAGUCUCGACUACCAAGACGCCGGUCUGUACCGUUGCCUUGUGAUUGGGGAAGGAAAAUCGCUUGCCGUGAGUGUAACAAUUCGUGACGCAGUCACGUGGUUAUCAACCACUGAAGCAUCCACCACAGAUGCGACUUUAACAUUGACAUCCACAUUCAAUUCGAAUUCUGCAGCAGCAAACGGACGACAGUCCAAAAAAGGGACUAAACAUUGGGGACUGUAUAGGACACCACACAUUUCUAUGGUCGCCUCUUUGAGAACAAACGGAUUUGCAGUCACUGGUAAUUCUGGAGAUCAUGACAUGGAAACAGUGACCUCUGACACUGAAUCAUGGGAUCAACCCUCGACAGUUGCAAGUGUUGAUUGGGAUAAACAUUUUACAACUGAAACAAGUGCUGCUGCUAGUAACAUGAUGAACACUGUUGAUUGGGAUCCAACACCAACUGUUGCUGACGUCAUACCAUCAGAAUCAGCUUUUUUGGUGUCUACGUGGAAUCCAGUUGUCAUUUUUGGUGCUGCAGCAAUGGUCACAUUAUGGCAUCUCCACUACAGUUGUUAGAGGUUUCAUACAAAACUAAACAUAUUAUCCUCAGUAUUAUAUACAUAUUUGUAUAUUCACCUUUCUAAGCACAAAGUCACAAGCGUUUUUAAUCAUAUUUUAUUGCCAUAGCGACAUCUAUUAUUGUGAGACACUGUAGUAGUCAGUACUGUACUAUUUUAUGUAAACAUCA